UGAUAAAUAAGCCACAAGUAUCUUACACAAAGCAAUAGAAAAAACAUCUUCUCUAUUGGCUUUCCAAAUUCUUCUUCAACACUUCCUAAUGGAGGUCGAAAACCCGGUAACGGACGAUUUCGACGUAAAAUUCACCGGAAAAAGCAUUGUUAAGGCUUCUGGUGUUUCUUCACAACCCUAUGUCAUCUCAGUUUCAAACCUCGAUCUUCUUUCCGGCCGCUUUCCGGUGACAUACUUCUAUGUCUACCCCAAACCACCAUUCAAGAGCUUCCCUACCAUUGUUAAGGACCUUAAGAGUUCCCUUUCAGGAACCCUCAAACACUAUUACCCAUUUGCUGGCCAAAUUGUUACAAAACCAGAAAGUGGUGAACCAGAGAUAGUAUGUGACAACCAUGGUGCCUUACUUGUAGAAGCCUAUGCAAAUAUCUCCUUAGAAGACUUGGACUUCUACAAUCUUAACAAGUCUCUACAAGGUAAACUAGUGUCUACCAAAUGUGAGGUUCCAUUACAAGUCCAGGUAACCAAUUACGCUUGUGGAGGCAUCUCCAUUACAUUCACAUUUGAUCACGCAUUAGGGGACGCAAGCACCUUCGGUAAAUUUCUUGCGUCCUGGUCGGAACUAGCUCAGGGGAAGUCGAUUUCAUGCGUACCGGAUCAUCGAAGGCAUCUCCGACCGCGGCUUCCUUCUACUUAUGACCCCUCAUUGGACGAUUGCUUCAUUUCAUGUAGCCUGGAGGAGAUUAUCAAUAUGCCAGCAAAUGAUAUCUUGCUUAAACGGCUCUAUCACAUCGAUGCAUCAAGUAUAGAUCAUUUGCAGACAUUGGCUUCCAUGGGAGGUGUCAAGAGAACUAAGAUUGAGGCUUUCUCUGCAUAUGUUUGGAAGAUUAUGGUGGCUACCAUUGAUGAAUCUAACACUCAUUGUAAGAUGGGGUGGUUAGUGGAUGGACGAAAAAGAAUGGGUCCAGAUCCAAAUUCCAUGUCUAAUUACAUAGGAAAUGUGUUGUCUGUGGCAGUUGGAGAGGCAAGUGUGGUGGAUUUGAAGCAAUUGCCACUUUCUAGUGUGGCAACUAUGGUUCAUGAAUCAAUUGGGAAGGUGACUAAUGAAGCUCAUUUCUUGGACUUGAUUGAUUGGAUCGAGUGUCACAGACCAGGGUUGAUGCUAGCCAAGAUUGUGCUAGGCCGGGGAGGACCUGCACUUGUGGUAUCGUCCGGUCAUCGGUUUCCAGUGGCGGAAUUGGACUUUGGGUUUGGGUCUCCGGUGCUGGGUACAGUAUGUUCAACAAUAAAAAGGAUAGGGGUGGGGUAUAUGAACCAGAGGCCGAGUGCCAAGGGGGAUGGGUCAUGGGUAGUGUCUACUAUACUAUGGCCUGCAUUGGUCACUGCCUUGGAAUCAGAUCCUCAUCACAUCUUCCAGCCCAUGACCAAAGCUCUACUUGGAUUUUGAGUGAUCUUCUUAUGUUUCUACCCACCAUCUGGCUCUUCUAUGGUCUGGCAGGGGUGACAGCGCACAUCUGAUGGCUAGAACACCCUGAGACAGACUCCGACACAUGAACGUAUGCCUUGAGAUGCUCCAAACUGUUGAAUAUGCACAGCCACCUCUGCUGUGCCGUAAAGGAGCUCCAUCCUACCUUUCCUCCCUCUAGCUUUGUGCUAUAUAUGAUUUCUUGAGUCAAUUACAAGAGUUUACCUAGCUAGUAUUGGCGAUGUAUCAACCAGUUGUGUUUAAUGAUGUGUUUAAAUGCUAAUACGUGCAGAUUCCCUGGACUUGCCACGGCCA